AUGCCUUUGGCCUUGGCCCUUCUGUUGCUCUUGGGCCUGAGCGCCCCCGGAGGCCGGGGCUGCCUGCAGUGCGACUCCUCGGUGCAGGAGGCCCUGAUUAGACUGCGCCAUGCCCUCAUCCCCCAUCGCUUUCACCAUGAGCAGCUGAAGGCCCGCGCCCAGGCCCUGCUACUAGGCAUGGAGGGGCCUUUCUUCCGGGACUACGCGCUGAACGCGUUUGUGGGGAAAGUGGGGAUAGAUAAGCUGGACCAUGUGGCGUCCUUUACCAAGAACCUAACGCAGCGCUUAAUGGUUAAUUCUCUGAGAGAUGAGCAUCUGCUGGAAGAGCUGGUGAUUUUUAGGGAAAAAGUGAUCAAGGAACUCAAGAAAGUUUUAAGAUCCUAUGAAUUAAAAGCCUGUGAUCCCAAAAUUUGCCGCUUACUGAAAGAAGAGGUCUUGGACUGUUUACAUUGCCAAAAGACCAGCCCCAAAUGUGUCCCAAGAAAGUUCUGCUUUGUUGAUGGGCAGCCCCGCAUAGACCUGCAGUACAAGACGGAUGGAGAGUACCCAGGGAACCAGCCUCUGAUGGGCAUCCUUAUUUCCAUGUUUCUGGCUAUCUUUGUCUUCGUGGUCAUCGUGGUCGCGGCUUGCACGUACAGGCAAAACCGAAAACUUCUACUGCAAUAG